AGCUCAAGAUGUCUAAAAAAAUCCAUGGAGGCUCUGUUGUGGAGAUGCAAGGAGAUGAAAUGACACGGGUCAUCUGGGAACUGAUUAAAGAAAAGCUGAUUUUUCCUUAUGUAGAUCUGGAUUUGCACAGCUAUGAUUUGGGCAUUGAGCAUCGUGAUGCUACAAAUGAUAAAGUAACUGUGGAAGCUGCUGAAGCCAUAAAGAAAUACAACGUUGGCAUAAAGUGUGCAACCAUCACUCCUGAUGAGAAGAGAGUGGAGGAGUUCAAUUUGAAGCAGAUGUGGAAGUCUCCCAAUGGGACAAUUAGAAACAUCCUAGGUGGCACUGUCUUCAGGGAGGCUAUUAUCUGCAAGAACAUUCCCCGGCUGGUGUCUGGAUGGGUGAAACCCAUUGUCAUUGGCCGUCACGCUUACGGGGAUCAAUACAGAGCAACUGAUUUUGUGGUGCCUGGGCCUGGAAAAGUAGAGAUGAUCUACACUCCAGAAGGUGGAGGCAAACCAGUCACAUAUGUGGUCCAUAACUUUGAAAGCUGUGGUGGUGUAGCCAUGGGAAUGUACAAUCUUGACCAGUCUAUCAAGGAUUUUGCCCACAGUUCCUUCCAAAUGGCACUGUCUAAAGGCUGGCCCCUCUACAUGAGCACCAAGAACACCAUUCUGAAGAGAUACGAUGGGCGCUUUAAAGACAUCUUCCAAGAGAUCUAUGACAGAGAAUACAAGUCCCAGUUUGAAGCCAAAAAAAUCUGGUAUGAGCAUAGGCUUAUUGAUGACAUGGUUGCUCAGGCCCUGAAAUCUGAAGGAGGCUUUGUCUGGGCCUGCAAGAACUAUGAUGGGGACGUGCAGUCUGACUCUGUUGCACAAGGCUAUGGCUCUCUGGGGAUGAUGACCAGUGUGCUGAUCUGCCCUGAUGGCAAGACUGUUGAAGCAGAAGCUGCUCACGGCACAGUUACUCGUCACUACCGCAUGCACCAGAAAGGCCAGGAAACCUCCACUAACCCCAUUGCCUCCAUCUUUGCAUGGACAAGAGGACUCGCUCACAGGGCUAAGCUGGACAACAACACUAGCCUCAAGAACUUUGCAGUUGCCUUGGAAGAAGUCUGCAUUGAGACCAUUGAAUCUGGCUUCAUGACAAAGGACCUUGCUGCCUGUAUCAAAGGUCUACCUAAUGUCACACGCUCUGAUUACCUGAACACCUUUGAGUUCAUGGACAAGCUUGCUGAAAACCUGAAGGGGAAGCUGGCCUCUCUGCCUAAACUUUAAGGGACAGGCUCUACUCAAGCUCUGCUAACAAAGCAUCUUCCAUUUACACCAGAGUGUGUAAGUGUAUCACACUCUGUUCUGUAACAUUUCAAACACUAGACAAAAAUGAACAUGUACAAUUUUUUAAAUGUUUUAAAGUGUAUGUUUUCUUAAAGCCCUUGAGGAGCUGCUGGGCUAGGCCUUACUUUUGCUAAGCAGCUGAAUGUGAUAGUAUUCAAGCUCAGUGUGGGUCUGGAUUCCUAAUGUCAUUCACAGCAGACUUGAGGUUUCUCUCCAUGACUUUAUUGAUCU